GGCCGCCCGGAUUGUGAAAUUCGACCACCGUUUCCACAGCACUAGGAAUGACCGACAAGGAGUCCAUCCAGGCCGAAAUCACCGCCCAGGGGGACGUCGUCCGGAAGCUGAAGGCCGCCAAGGAGGACAAAUCGAAGUAAUCCAAAAAGCCACCACACAAAACGCACCAGGUCAAUAAACUUUUUGGCAAAGAAAUAAACCUCGAAUCAACCACAGAAACGAAGGAGAAGUAGAAAAACACUUACUCAACCAUGCUUUUGCGCCAACUGCGAGUUGGCGUCGCGACGCUCCUCAAAACCGCCGUCCACCGCCGAUCUUCAGCGGCGAUCACCGCACAACACAGCAACUGUCGCUUCUGCUUCCACUCGGCGAAAGUGGCCACAAUCGCGACCGACGACCGCCAACUUGCACAGAUCGAUGAGGAGGUCGCGAAGCUGUUGGCCCUCAAGGCCAAGCUGCAGGGACUGGACGGGGGCGGUGCAGAACCCGGCAACAAGAACAUAACGCUGAAGACGCCGAAGGGCACGCGCGACUAUGGGCCGGAAUCGAUGGCGCUGCGGCAGCGGAUCUUCGACAAGGUGAUCGCGGUGUUCAAGAAGCACGGCGCGGAGACGAUCGACACGCCGGUCUUUGAGCUGAAGGAGGUGCUGACGGGGAAGUACGGCGAGGACAGCAAGCUGAUUUACGACUUGAAGGACCAGGGCGGGGAGAUCCUGGCGUUGCGGUACGAUCUGACGGUGCCGUUUGCGCGGUUCGUUGGCAUGGGCAAUGUGUUCAACAUCCGGCGGUACCACAUUGCGAAGGUGUACCGGCGGGACAAUCCGGCCAUGACGAAGGGCCGCUAUCGGGAGUUUUACCAGUGCGAUUUUGACAUUGCGGGGACGUACGAUCCGAUGCUGCCGGACGCCGAGUGCGUCAAGGUGGUGGCGGAGAUCUUGGCAGAGCUGGACAUUGGCGAGUUUGUGGUCAAGCUGAACCACCGGAAGCUGCUGGACGGGAUGUUCGAGGCGUGCGGCGUCCCCGCGGACAAGUUCCGCACGAUCUGCUCCUCGGUUGACAAGCUGGACAAAACUCCGUGGGACGAGGUCCGCAAGGAGAUGAUCGACGAGAAGGGACUGGACGGCGCGAUCGCCGACAAGAUCGGGGAGUUUGUCCGCCUGAGCGGCGGCGUUGACCUCGUUGACAAACUGGCCGCCGACGAGAACCUCAAGAACAUCAAAUCCGCCGUCGAAGGAAUCGAAGACAUGCGACUACUGCUCCAGUACUGCGCAGUGUUCGGUCUCCAGGACCAGAUCAUCUUCGACCUCAGUCUGGCCCGUGGCCUCGAUUACUACACCGGAGUGAUCUACGAGGCGGUCCUCAAGUCGGAACCCGCCCCGGCCGCGCCCGCCCCCAAAACCAACGGCACCAAAUCCAAGGCCAAGCAGCAGGAGGAGGAGGUCAGCGUGGGUUCCGUGGCCGGCGGUGGCCGCUACGACAACCUGGUCGGCAUGUUCAACCCCAAGCGCAAACAGGUCCCCUGCGUUGGCGUUUCGAUCGGCGUCGAACGCAUCUUCUCGAUCCUCGAAGCAAAAGCGCAGCAGGAGAAGAUCCGCACCACCGAAAUCCAGGUGUACGUCGCGUCCGCCCACAAGGGGCUGCACCUGAAGCGGAUGGAGCUGCUGGGCAAGCUGUGGGACGCCGGCUUCAAGGCGGAACACUCGUACAAGCAGAACCCAAAGUUGCUGGCCCAGCUGCAGUACUGCGAGGAGAACCAAAUUCCGUACGCGAUCGUGCUCGGGGACGGGGAGUUGGCGCGGGGUGUGGUCAAGCUGCGCGAGAUUACCAGCCGCAAGGAGGAGGAGAUCGCCGUGGAUGGGUUGGCCGAGGAGCUGCGGAAGCGGUUGACCGUUUGAGCAUUUCUUUAGUUCUUGUUCCAGUGAAACUUUGCAUAUUAAAAAAGUUAUGUUCAUCUGCUUGAUUUUUUUUCGUUGCGUAUCAUUUCAAUUCCAUUUUAUUCACCUUUAUCCAGCAAUAGUGGAACCAUGUAGCGACUUAGGGUAAGACGCAUGCUCGCGAAUCGUGUUUUUUUUCGAAGAAUACAGCAAAUAGCUUUUGAAGCAAUCGG